UUCUAACAGCUCUUUCCUGCCUCACGCAUCUCUCCGACGCAGUUUCGAGGUUGGGAGAACCCCACUCGCUCAUGUUGUUUUCCCAAAGUAGUUAAUUGAUGUCAAGUAGGACCAGAACAUGUCCAUCUCUCACAAAAAAUGUCUACCGGAGGAAAAGCGGGCCCAAAAAAGGAUUCGCGUCUACGACUGUCGCCUCGGAGGGAAUCAGGGAGCGGAUACGGUGAUUGACAGUAACAUGGACUUCAAACACUUUCUACUGAAGCUCAGGAGUAAAUUUGCAAUCCCUGCGGCCACUCCAUGCGUGCUGACAGACACUGACCGAGUAGAUCUGACUUCUGACAAAUUUGAGCAACUUCAUGACGGCGGCACUCUGCUCUUGUUGGAUCACGCCGGCCAAGAGCUCCCGUUGGCAACAGAAGAGCGUAUUACCUUUCAGCCUCAUUACGAUACAGUGACCAAGAGUGGCGUGUACGAAUACUACGACAGUGCCGGCCAGAAGUCUUUACCCUACGCACUGGCAGAGUUGCUGGACAACUCCAUCUCGGCCACAGCUAAAAACACAGGUGUCCGGAUGAUUGAGAUAAGAAUACUGUUAGAUGAAACUCUUGGGAAGCCUGCAGUUGUUGUCAUCGACAACGGCUGUGGGAUGACGGCCAAGCAGCUCAAUAACUGGGCUGUCUUCAGGCUCUCCAAAUUUAGUAAGCCUGAGGGCUAUGUUCCACCUGAGCACACCCCUCUUAGUCUCAACAGUGACAUAUCCUACUUUGGAGUUGGAGGAAAACAGGCUGUUUUUUUCAUUGGACAUUCUGUCAGGAUGAUCAGCAAAGCAGUAGGAUCUCCAGAUGUUCAUGAGCUGGUACUGUCUGAAGAGAAGUUUGUUCAAAGGGAGAAGAACCAAGAAGACAUUUACAGCGAGGUUAUAAGAAACCGGAAGCCUGGCGACUCUUCCCACGUAAAUAGAAACGAGGAGCGAUUCCUUCAUGGCAUAAUUGGGGAAGAAGCUGAGAAAGAAAGCUUCACAGCCGUGGUCAUCACAGGUGUCCAUCCACAACAUGUUACUGCCUUGAAAGACGACUUUGUAGGAUGGACAAGGCAGCUUGCUCACACUUAUCACUACUACAUCCAUGGAGAUGGCACAAACCACGCGAAAGGUUCAGAUCAUUCCCCUGAAAUUGAUAUACAGAUCACUAUGCGGGAGAAGCUGCCAAGAUGUCCUCGCGUGAUGAACCUCAGGGAAGUCGACACUGACAUGCAGGCGUUGUACGUAAAGGCUGCUGCCGACGAGUUUGUGUUUCAAGCGGAGGCGUCCAGCGCCUUGGUGGAAGGAAUCAUUCGCUAUCAUCCCUUCCUCUACGACAAGGAAACCUACCCGGAAGACCCCAACAGUGUGCAAGCACCUGUUGAUGAGGAAGAUGACAAUAUAGAACCUGGAUUCCUGACUCAAGCGAGAGGGAAGAGACCCAUAUUUGAAUGUUACUGGAAUGGAAGACUCAUACCAUACACCACAAUAUCAGAGUUUGACUGGUGUGCUCUGCCCAAAGGCUCAAAGGUGCCAGCAGAGUGCUACAGUCGGUUUUCAGGCGUGCUCUUUGCCAAUGACAAAUUCCAGGUGACCACGAACAAGCUCACUUUCAUAGACCUGGAGGUGAAACUAAAGAGCAAGGACAUCAUCUUCACCUGCGAUGUGAAUGGACAGACACGAAGGAGAAACAUCCAGAAAGAAUUCACGCAGUGGCUCCUCCACUGCCACGAGAAGUAUGACAAGCAAGUCAAGUUCCUGACCUACAUGAGCACCAUCACACGGACGGAUGUGGCCGUCAAGAAACAUCAGCAUCCCUGGGCCACGUUCUCUGCCAUCCAAUGGGGCAACAAAACCUUCACUAAGGGCCAACAGAUAAAGACGCAAAAAACGUUGCCAAUUAUGCACGGUACUAUUGUUCAGUUUUUGCUGUAUGGAACUUACAACAGCGACGUCUUUGCCACAGGAGGACACGUAGAAAUUGAAUGGGAACCCAGAGCGCUGUACGACGAGACCAAGAUAGUACCCAUAUCCAAGAUUGACAAGACCGCCACUAAAGAGGCUAUUCAGAUGAGCAUCAGCAAGGACCUCGCCAAGGUUCCAGAUAAGCUGAAAGUGAAAUGGUCUCAAGGCGAUCCCUGGUCACAAAACGAUGUGAUUCCAGCUGGGACUCCGUUAGGGCCCUUAAACGUUGAAAUUCUUAACCAGAAGGAAGAAUCUAUUUCCAGGAUGCCGUCAAUGCGACAGAGAUCAAAGAAAAAACUGAGUGUUAUGCAGAGCCUGAUAUUUCAUGAUCCGAAAGGAGAUCGAGUGCUGGCUUCGUAUGUUUGCCAGUAUUCUCAGCAGUGGGGAUUCUGGUUCAAGGAAAUACACAAUAUCUCGGAUUUGGGGAAGUACACUCUGGGCCUUAACACGGUGUCAGGUGAAAAUAACUCCACCAACUUUGGAGGAAACACUCUUCCAAGUUACACACUCAAGUUUACAAUCAAAGAGGGGCCAGCUGUGGGUUUCAAAGUUGUGGAUUGUGAAGACUCCAAAGUUUACAUUGGAGAGCCCUUUGACAUUGUUCUGCAGCUAAAAGAUGCCUAUGAUAAUCCAGCUAAACCACCUCAUGAUCUCAAACCUGUGCUUGCUUGCAGUGCUCUGCAACUGAGUUACGACUCAGUGGACUUCAGUAGGACCACUUUCGUCAUCAGAGCUGUUAAAGCCUUCGGAAAAAUUCAGACCCCCCACCAAUAUAAGACAUCUGAACUGAAAGUGACCCUGCCUGGCCUUGAAGAAGAUUCACAGACUUUCAAGUAUCAUCUUCUUCCUGGCAAACCACAUUCCCUCCGUGUGAUGCCAGAAGAUGAGGUUGUUGCAAUUGAGAAUGGAAAGCCUGUCAGGUUUAGUGUUGAAGUUUGUGACGUGUCCGGAAACAUCACCGCUCGCCCCAAACACAUUGUUCACUGCCAGGUGGAGUCGCUACCAACGGCAAAGGCUGACUGCAGCAGCACUGGAGCCGGACAGAUUGUAACAGAAACCAUCAACCUCAAACUAGCUCAGGGACAGUCCCAACAUUUGAAAGCUACAUUUGAGAUACCGGGUCAGCAGGACAUAUUGCUGGUUGAGAGGGAGAUUGUGGUGGUACCAAGCACAAGACUAACACGGAUAGAGCUCUGGAAACAAAACGAUGGGAACUUGGUUUUAAGAGACAAAGACGAGAUCAAAUGGCCUGCCGGUGGCCUGCUGGAUGAUCUGUGCUACAAGCUGUAUGACGAGGCUGGAACAGAAGUGCCUCCCACAGCUGAAAUAGCCUCCAGUAUCAAGGUUAAUUGGACAGGAUGUGUCAGUCUUGAAGAUCUGAUGCAGGGGAAGCUGCCAGUCAUAGAGGUUCCUACACAGGUACAGAAGGAACGAUUCUACCAAGUCUACUUGCAAGACCAAAGCGUGUCUGUCUCCUUUACAAUAAUCGCUAGUCCAGACGAGCCAGCACGAUUAAAAGCGACGAUGCCGCAAAGCACAGUGAAGCUUGGGGAAACCCUUGGAAAAAUCAAUCUGGAGCUUUUAGACCGAUAUGGUAAUGCUACCAAGGCACUGAACUCCACCUGUGUGAAUGACAUAACUGUGGAAGCUGAGGGUCUGGUCUCAUCGUCCAUUGAGUACACAUGGAAGGAGAGCAGCCAUUCCGUCGUCGUCACGGGUGUCCGCUUCCAGUCUGGAUCACCGGGCUCCAGGGAGUUGUCUUUCACCUACCAGAGUUUCGUGGAGCGUAUUAUUAUUAAAGUGACCACUGGCCUUCCUGCACUCCUGAAACUCCUCGAAGGACCCAAACAGCCUUUGCAGGUGUUGAACGACCACGGCAUCGACACGCCAUUCGUCGUCCAACUGUACGACAGAUGGGAGAACCCGUCCACAGACCAGAGGGUUGUGGUUCACAUAAAGUCGUCCUCUGAUGCGCUGAAGGUGAUGAAGUCUGUUACAUCUCAACCAGUGAAUGUGCUUGGCCAAGCCUCUUUUACUGUGAAACGACUGAGCGGGCCUAAGGGGAACUACCAGCUGCAGUUUAAGGGGUCCUUCAAUCAGAAUCCCAUCCAUGGUCUAUCAGUAGAUUUCACCCUCAUCCCUGACGCCAGUAGACCAGUGGGACUGUCAGUCAUGUAUGACAAGAAUGUGAGAUUUAUAGCAGGGGGCAUCUUCCCAGUGUUUACUGUGAUUGUGGUGUCUGAGGAGGGCAUCCCCAUUACCACCUGUAACCCGGCUGCUAUUUCCAUGUUUCUGUGGAGCGGAGCGCCAUCAGGAACAGAACCUCCCGCUACAGCGCUGCAGCUAAGAUGUAGUAAACCCCCAGCAAACCAAAACAAAAAUUUUCACUUCAGAAAUAAAGACAUCCCACAGGAAGUUGGACAGUACACCAUUCAGUUUUCUCUGUGCACUGGUGAAACCACAAAGGUGUCCAGUAAUCAGAUUCCUGUUGAGGUGGUGGCCAGUCAACCUUCCACACUGGGAUCUGACUCGCAAUUGUCCACCCCUGUAGUUUUCCACAGUAAGGACAUCACCAAGCGAACCCUUGUGGAAAACUUGACCCUGAGGGAUUCCUAUGGGAACCCAGCGGGAGAAGACAUGGAGGGGACGGUGAGUGUUAUCAUAAAGAACUGUGACGACAACCCCAACAAGGUCAUCCCUCAACUUGAUGGCCAAAGCAGCUGCGACGUGACACUGUCGAAAGGAAAAGCUUAUAUCGAAAGGCUGGUCAUCAUGGAGGACAGCCCUGGAGAGAAUGGUGCCUGCUACAUCCUCCUCUUCAAACUUGAUGUCCUAACGGACCCUAUGCCACUCGCCGCCUUUGAGCUCCUGUUCCGCUUUUAUAACGACGCUCAACAUCAAAAAAGAGUGUCUGAGCUGUCCAGCAAGAAAGACAAGCUGUGUACGGACAUUAAAAGUUACAAAGGUGUUUUGGAAGUGUACACUGGCCUCCUUAAGGUCUUGACAGAUCGGCACGACGAGGCAAAAUGUAAGGAGAGCAUUCUUCAAAACCAGCUCAUAAGCAAGUUGAACCUACGUCCACCAGUCACUAUCAGAAUGGUCAACCAGCACCUGAGCAGAAAGAUGUCUGAAGCUAACCAGAUUGAGAAAAUGCCCAGGAGAGUCUGCUCAAUUCCAAAAUACUUGAAUGGGCAGCAGGAUGUUUUGGGAAAGGUCGGCCACCUGGCCUUUGUGCAGGACGACGAUGCAGCCAGGGUCAUUUCCUGGCACAUCAGGAGCGACAUGGAUUGCGUGGUCACCAAGACGAGGGAGGCGGCCAAUAGGGUGCUCAGCGCCACGCGAGGCAUGCAGCAGGUCUUGCCCCUUGACUGUGUUUAUGUAUCACAUGGAUGCAGGUCGCUGCCACACAUACAUCAUGGUCAACCUCUGUUUUAUCCCGCCGGGAAUCCCGUUUUUGCAAGAGACCUCCUUAUUUACCCCAAAAGCAACAUCGAAUGUAACAUGGUAUUCAAGAAUUUCCUGCGGGACACAAUUUUGAUGGACGAUUUGACCUCUGCAACCAACUACAGACAAAUCUUGGUCCAACAUAAAAUCCCCUGCCCCAGCAUCCUGACCAGACAGGGCGAACGCGUGAGCUCGAACGGCAAGUUUGGAGGUACCCAGAACAAAGCCCCCCCAAUUGCCAAUCUGCAAGUGUUCGGGGCCCCCCUCUCAGAGAACUUUCACAUUCUAAAUGAGGAAAUAGAGCUGCUCAACAAGUACUGCUCGGCGGUGCAGAACAAGUUGAACACACAGAAAGAACGCGAGGAUCUGCUGAAACAAUCUGCUGAGAUGAACACCACGCAGCGAGAAAUCGAGGAAAAAAAGAAAGAGCUGGUUGAAGUCGAGAAAGAACUUGCCUCCACAUCGCUGCAGCCCAAGAAGCGACGCCUGCAACAAGCUGGCGAGACCUCGGGGACACGCAAGAGACACAAAGCUGCAACAUGAGUUGAGAAAAAGUUUAUUUUAAAUUGUGUUUGUACGUUUAUGCUUUCAAAAGUUACCAAAGUCUUGUUUUUGAUACAAAAAUACACAUUUGUUCUAAGUCUUUUGUUGUGUUUUUAAUUCAUUUUAUGCUAAUUCUUCAGUCUAAUUUAUUCUUAUGACACUUCAUUAGGUACGCUUCGAACGAGAUCCUUUUGAGUCCCAUUUUUCCUAUUACGUGUCCUAUGCAUUGAUAUGAUUGCAUAUUUACUAAACACAAUUAAAAAGACUAACUCACAGGCGUCCCACACCACUUUGCGCUUUGCGAUUUUUUGCGUCUUUUAGGAUGAGAUAGGAUAGCACUUUAUCGUCACUGCACUUAAAAAGUACAACAAAAUUACGUUUUCAGCACAGACCCGUUCAAGAGCAGACCUACAUUGUGCAGGGUGACAGAACAGGUGGACGCGGGGCCAGGUGGAUGAGUAAAAAAGUCGAUCCCAGACUAGGCUACCAAGGGUGGGAAUUGUCUGGGGCCAGGAAAAAAAACUUGGUAAGAACAUGUUAUGACAUACAACUGGAGACUUGCAACGAGGGGGUGGGCAACCGCCCCGAAGCUGUCAGCCACUAGGGGUGCUGCUCCGUUUACUGUCAUACCACGUGAGGUGAAGCACAGAGGAUUUGGGGGGUGUGGUAUGUAUGUAGUUUGGUGUUAGAAUAAUUAUGUGUAAGUUAUCACACAACUCUUAUGUUUAAAGGCCUACUGAAAUGAUUUUUUUUUUAUUUAAACGGG